UAGAGUUCAACCAUAAUUCAUACAUAUUGUAACGAACUAACUAACAAAUAUGGCAGGAGGACGUUCACCAUGCUGUGACAAAACUAAGGUGAAGAAAGGGCCGUGGAGUCCGGCGGAGGACAUUCGACUGGUCUCUUUCAUCCAGAAACACGGCCACACCAAUUGGCGUUCUCUCCCCAAACAAGCAGGUUUGCUAAGAUGUGGAAAAAGUUGCCGUCUGAGAUGGAUAAAUUACCUAAGACCUGAUGUCAAGAGGGGCAAUUUUACUCCAGAAGAAGAACAAUCCAUUAUUCAUCUUCACGCCACCUUUGGAAACAAGUGGUCGAAAAUCGCGUCUCACUUGCCAGGACGAACGGACAACGAAAUCAAGAACGUAUGGAACACUCAUUUGAAGAAAAGAACACUGCUCAUGAACAACAAAAAUCAAACACCUUCAUCCUCACUUGCUUCAAAUGAGCACACAAAUCAAGAAAAACCAUCAAACCCGAAAGCGACACAACCCAUAGCUACAAUAUCAGUUGAAGAUAUAGAUCAACAACCAUCAACCCCCACUUCAACCAUAUCCUGCAACUCAUCAGGUCAAGAUAAAGCCAGCUGCAACUAUGAGGAGGACGAGUCGUUUUGGAACAUGCUUGAGCCGCAACUAGUAACCGAUCAUGACAUGUUGGAGGUUGAGAACUGGGUUAGAUUGUUAGAGAAGGAGCUUGAGUUAACCGACCAAGAUGAUCAAACCAAGACCAUGGGCGAGGAGCAAGCGGUUUGGUGCAAAAUAAGUGAUCAAAUAUUAUCUCCAUUGUGGCCCACUUCCCCAACGAAUUUCGGGUUGUGGUAGUUAGAUAUGGCUAGAAAGUAGAUGUUCAUGUUAGAAUUGGCAACCUUGGUGGUGGGACAGAAACAUCAAGCUAUAGGUAGUCAAGGGAGCAACAUACGUAAUUGUACGACUUGAUCAAAUUCUAGUGGGUAGGGACCAGAAUCUAUAAAUAUAUAUGAAAAACUCAACUUUUAUUUGUAUCA